GGGGUCCUCUGAGCGCUCGGGCUGCGCGCGGAGCGGGCUCGGGAGGGAAGUCCCGAGACAAAGGAAGCGCCGCGCCGCCUCCGUCGCCGCCGCCUAGUCCACCUCGCUCGCCGGGCCGCGACCGCCCUAGGACUUUGAAUAUGUCGGGGAUCGCCCUCAGCAGACUUGCCCAGGAGAGGAAAGCUUGGAGAAAAGACCACCCAUUUGGUUUUGUGGCUGUCCCAACAAAAAAUCCCGACGGCACGAUGAACCUCAUGAACUGGGAGUGCGCCAUUCCAGGAAAGAAAGGGACCCCUUGGGAAGGAGGCUUGUUUAAACUACGGAUGCUCUUCAAAGACGACUAUCCAUCCUCACCUCCGAAAUGCAAAUUUGAACCACCGUUAUUUCACCCGAACGUGUAUCCUUCUGGCACUGUAUGCCUGUCCAUCCUCGAGGAAGACAAGGACUGGAGGCCAGCCAUCACAAUUAAGCAGAUCUUAUUAGGAAUACAGGAACUUCUAAAUGAACCAAAUAUCCAAGAUCCAGCUCAAGCAGAGGCCUACACAAUUUACUGCCAAAACAGAGUGGAAUAUGAGAAAAGGGUUCGAGCACAAGCCAAGAAGUUUGCACCCUCAUAAGCAGCGACCUGCGGCAACAUCAAAAGGAAGGGAUUGGUUUGGCAAGAACUUGUUUACAACAUUUGCAGAUCUAGCAUUGCUCUAUACAAUUACUAGUCACCUAGGGGAGGCAGGCGGGCGCCAUUUUCCAUUUCCGCCACUGGUACACAGUUCUCCACUUGCUGAAUUGCCCAGUUUUUCAUACAGGGUCUCUUCCUUCAGUCUUUUGUAUUUUUGAUUGUUAUGUAAAACUUGCUUUUAUUUUAAUAUUGAUGUCAGUAUUUCAACUGCUGUAAAAUUAAAAACUUUUAUACUUCUACGAGUCCCUGAGGAGCUAGUUCCUUUUGCUCGUGGGUGCAGGCAUGCUUCCCACUGUCAGAGCUACACAUAGCCUCCAGCUGGCUGUAUGAAAAAGAAAUCGGCCUGUCCCCCGCCCUCGCGCCUCUGUCCUUCUCUUUGCAGAACCCGGGUUGUGUUGCUAUGAGCCUCAGAUCCAAAGUCAGCCAGCCUCUUGUUUCCGCACCACUUCCUUUGUGUUUAUAUGGCGUUUUGUCUGUGUUGCUGUUUAGAGUAAAUAAACUGUUUAUAUAAAGGUUUUUGUUGCAUUAUUGUCAUUAAAAGUGAGGAGGCAGCCUUGGGGUGUGUGUCCCCCCCCACACACACACAGCUGUAGGCCCCACAGAGCACUGGCCUCUGCCCUAGCACGUAUUGCUGCCUAUGCCUGGGUCCUAUGUGGCACUCGUCCUGGUCCUUUGUAAAUAAUGCUGUGUGCAAAGAUGGCGUAUGUCCAGGGUUUCUGUCCACCUCGCCUGGGUCUUCGGGCUGUAGAUCAUUAGAGUUCAGAUCCGGUCAAGUGAAAGUUGAUGUCAAGAUCCUUCCUAAGUGCGUGCUGCCCUAGCCACUAGGAGGAAGAGAUGCCUAAACCCAGGCCAGGGCAGAGCCCGAGUGAGGACCACAUCUAAACCACUGGCCCACCUCAGUGGCCAGUGCAGGCUGGCUGAGGGUGGCUGGGCCACGGCAUGUGACCUCACAUCUGGCACUGCCCUUGGGCCUCUGCAUGUAGCGUCUGACCCUUCCAUGCUCACUGCCUUGGUCCCCAGCCCUGGGUGCAGGUAGUCUCAGGUACCAGACACCCACAGAGAGCAGCACUGAGGGCCACUGUCACAUGCUUUCUGUCUCCUAGAAUGUUCUGAAUCUGGUCAC